UGGAGGCUGCGCUACGGUGGCCGGGCGUGGACAAGGCGCGGGGGAGGCGAAGCCAGGCGGUGCGCGGCGGGAGCGGCUGGGAAGAUGCUGGAGGCGGCGGCGGCGGAGCCGGAGCUGGACCCUGAGGACUUGGUGCAUUUCUCGGUGGGCGAUUUGCCCAGCCGGGGGUACGGCGUGAUGGGCGAGAUCCGGCGGCAGGGCAAACUCUGCGACGUGACCCUCAAGGUAGGGGACCAUAAAUUCAGCGCUCACCGGAUCGUGCUGGCAGCGUCUAUCCCCUACUUCCAUGCCAUGUUCACCAACGACAUGAUGGAGUGCAAGCAGGAUGAGAUUGUCAUGCAGGGGAUGGAUCCCAGUGCACUUGAGGCUCUGAUCAACUUUGCCUACAAUGGUCACCUGGCAAUAGAUCAGCAGAACGUCCAGUCUCUGCUGAUGGGGGCAAGCUUCCUUCAGCUGCAGAACAUCAAAGACGCUUGCUGCACUUUCCUCAGAGAGAGGCUUCACCCUAAGAACUGUCUGGGAGUGCGGCAGUUUGCAGAGACGAUGAUGUGUGCGGUGCUCUACGAUGCUGCCAACAGCUUCAUUCAUCAGCACUUUGUGGAGGUAUCCAUGUCCGAAGAGUUCCUGGCACUGCCUUUUGAAGACGUCCUGGAGCUCGUUUCCAGGGAUGAGCUCAAUGUGAAGUCUGAAGAGCAGGUGUUUGAAGCUGCAUUAGCCUGGAUACGGUAUGACCGAGACCAGCGGGAGUCGUUCCUACCCGAGCUGCUGUCCAAAAUCCGCCUACCCCUUUGUCGACCUCAGUUUCUCACUGACCGUGUGCAGCAAGAUGACCUGGUCCGCUGCUGCCACAAAUGCAGGGAUCUGGUUGAUGAGGCAAAAGACUAUCACCUCAUGCCAGAGCGCCGGCCGCACCUCCCAGCGUUCAAGACCCGUCCUCGGUGCUGUACUUCGAUCGCAGGAUUGAUUUACGCCGUUGGAGGACUUAACUCAGCAGCAAAUUUUUAUGCAGGUGACUCGCUGAAUGUGGUGGAAGUCUUUGAUCCCAUUGCCAACCGCUGGGAGAAGUGCCAGCCGAUGACGACGGCCCGGAGCCGAGUCGGGGUAGCGGUGGUGAACGGACUGCUCUAUGCCAUCGGCGGCUACGACGGUCAGCUAAGGCUGAGCACUGUGGAGGUUUACAACCCGGAGAUGGAUUCCUGGUCCAAAGUAGAAAGUAUGAACAGCAAGCGAAGUGCCAUGGGAACAGUGGUGCUGGACGGCCAGAUCUACGUAUGUGGCGGAUACGAUGGAAACUCAUCCCUCAACUCCGUGGAGUCCUAUUCUCCAGAAACAAACAAGUGGACAGUGGUGACCCCCAUGAGUUCCAACCGCAGCGCCGCUGGGGUCACUGUCUUCGAGGGCCGGAUCUAUGUAUCGGGAGGGCACGACGGCCUGCAGAUCUUCAACAGCGUGGAGUACUACAACCAUCACACGGCCACCUGGCACCCGGUCGCCAGCAUGCUCAACAAGCGCUGCCGCCACGGAGCCGCCUCCCUGGGCAGCAAGAUGUUCGUCUGCGGAGGCUACGACGGCUCGGGUUUCCUCAGCAUCGCCGAAGUCUACAGCUCCAUGGCGGAUCAGUGGUACCUGAUCGUCCCUAUGAACACCCGGCGGAGCCGCGUCUCCCUCGUUGCGAACUGUGGCCGCCUCUACGCAGUGGGGGGUUACGACGGACAGUCCAACCUCAGCUCGGUGGAGAUGUACGACCCCGAGACAAACCGCUGGACGUUCAUGGCCCCGAUGGUGUGCCACGAGGGAGGGGUUGGCGUGGGCUGCAUACCCCUCCUGACCAUCUGAGAAGAAAGCUUUGGGGGUUGGGGGGGGGUCUGUCUUUUCAGUGACAAUCGGGGGAGAGGUUCAAGGAAGGUUUUGUGAUGUGAUAUACGCAGAGGAGCGUUUCCAGGUGCUCAAGUGUCAUUCACAAACACACGCACACACACAAAAGAUAAAAAAAAAAAAAACACUUAACAAAAUCCCUACCCUUGGCUUUUUGGGCUGAGGCUCCUGAAAAAUCCAACGUUUUGAAACACGGUGCAAGCGAGGACCUGCCCGCUUCCCUCGGCCACCCGUUAGCCCUUCCUCGGCGCUGCGGCUGAGCCAACCCUCUGGCCGGUGGUUUUCCAGGCGCCCCUGCGGUCUGCUUUCGGCUGCGCCUUCGGGAAGCGCUGCCGCAGGCUGCAGGAAGGGGGCAGGCUUCGUUGCGACAUAAAAACGGCCUCUUUAAUGACUUUGAAAAUACGUCGGCGCCUUCUGUCCGCAGCAAAGCCACCGCGGUGCCCCGAGGGGUCGGCCAGCGGCAGUGUUGGGGUGUCGUGGCGGCUCGCCGCCGGGCGUGGGUGGCGCCCACCUGGCUUAUUGAACCAGAAAAAACCCGCCGCCGUCGGUUCCCGGGUCACAUCCAGGCUCUGCAUUUUAAGGUGCUGCUUAGCCCAGGCGUCGCUGGCUGCGCUUUCUUCAGCUCGAUGGGGAAAACGUCUCCACAAGAGCCGCACGAUGGAGAAAGUAGGAAGAGGAAAACCUGUCGGUUAAACCAUCGUAUCGUUUUAGGAAGCUUUGGAGGAGAAGCUGAAUGUAAACGACACUAAGCAACAGUCUUAGGAUUUCAAAACGGGAAAUAGGCCAAGGCGUUCGUUGGAAAGAUGUCCCUUAAAUUAAACAUUGACGUGUUUUUU